AGUGGUGAAAUGAUUUCACCAUUUUACCAAUCACCAAUCGGUAUUGAUGUAACUAGUGUAAUUGGUGAAUUGGUGAAAUUGGUGAAAUUGGUAAAAUUGUUGAAAUUGGUGAGUUGGUUAAUUGGUGAAAUGGUGAAUUGGUGA